AUGGCGCAACUACCCUCACCGAACGCGGGUGGGAUGCCCUCGUCCUUUGACGAUGACCUCGAAUUACGCAACGAAAAGACGCUGCACAAGUUCUUUCGCAAGAUCAAAGAAGAGCCUCUUGUGCCGCUCGGCAUGGGCCUGACCGUCUUCGCCUUUAUCAACGCAUACCGCGCCCUCCGCCGGGGCGACUCGAAGCAGGCCAACAAGAUGUUUCGCGCGCGCGUCGCCGCGCAGGGCUUCACCGUCAUCGCCAUGGUCGCCGGCAGCAUGUACUAUAACCAGGACCGCGAGAAGAGCAAGGAGCUGCGCAAGCUCAAGGAGGAGACGACGGCCGAGGAGAAGCGCCAGAAAUGGAUCCGCGAGCUCGAGGCCCGUGAUGAUGAGGACAAGGCCAUGCGCGCCAUGCUCGAGAAAAAGGCCCUUGCGCAGUCGAGCGCGGCGGCCGGUCAAGAGGCUGACAAGGACCCGCAGGCCGGCGGCACGGGCGGUAUCCUCGGCCGCAUGGGGCUCUGGGGCCCGGCCGAAACAAAAGCUGCCGAGGAGCAGGCCGCCGCCGCCGCUGCCGGUGUUGCCAGUGAACCGACUAUCGAGAAGAGAAGGGAGAACCCCAGAAGCUCAUUGGGUGCUCUGGGAGAGGUGUAUGGCUCAAAGAAGAAGGAUGAUGGUGAGUCCAAGAAAUAA